AUGUCUCCACCGAAGGAUUAUUCUCAUCAAAAUGGAAGAGUUACGUGUCGUGAUCAGACGGUGGUAGAUACGAAUAGCGAAAUUGAAGACUAUGAUCUUCUACGGUUAUUGAAUCGAACUAGACCGUUAAAUAUAGAGAGGAAUAUAUCAUUGGUUGAAAUUAGGUCUUUCUUCGGGGAAAUAUCAAAUGGCCACUUUCACAGAAAUAAUAUUAAUGACAGUCAUCAUCAUCAUGUCUCUUCUCCAGUGAGAAUUAGGUCUGGUUUUAACACGCCCAGAUCCAACGGUUACUAUGAGUCACAUCCGAUUAUUGCUGAUGCAUGGGAAAAGUUGAGGCGAUCAUUGGUUCACUUCCGUGGUCAACCUGUGGGAACUCUUGCUGCUGUGGACCACUCCGUAGACGAACUUAACUAUGAUCAGGUGUUCGUUAGAGAUUUUGUGCCAAGUGCAUUGGCCUUUCUAAUGAACGGAGAGGAAGGAGUAGUUAAAAAUUUUCUUCUAAAGACACUUAGGCUCCAAUCAUGGGAGAAAAUAGUGGACCAGUUUAAGCUAGGAGAAGGAGUAAUGCCAGCAAGUUUCAAAGUGUUACACGACCCUGUAAGAAACUCUGAGACUAUAUUUGCUGAUUUUGGUGAGAGUGCAAUAGGAAGAGUGGCCCCUGUUGACUCUGGAUUCUGGUGGAUUAUAUUACUUCGUGCUUACACAAAGUCCACCGGAGACUCCUCCUUGGCUGAUAUGCCGGAGUGCCAAAAUGGUAUUCGCCUUAUUCUAAGCAUAUGCCUCUCGGAAGGCUUUGACACUUUCCCAACUCUCUUGUGCGCUGAUGGAUGUUGUAUGAUUGAUCGUAGAAUGGGUAUAUAUGGUUACCCAAUAGAAAUACAAGCAUUGUUUUUCAUGGCAUUAAGAUGUGCCCAGCUUUUGCUUAAGAAAGACGAUGUGGGAAAAGAGUUUGUGAAGCUAAUAGACGACCGUCUCCAAGCCUUGAGUUAUCACAUAAGGAGUUACUUUUGGCUAGACCUAAAGCAGCUUAACGAUAUAUAUCGGUACAAAACAGAGGAAUACUCCCACACCGCCGUCAAUAAAUUCAAUGUAAUGCCGGACUCUCUUCCUAACUGGGUUUUUGAUUUCAUGCCUACACGUGGUGGUUACUUCAUCGGGAAUGUGAGUCCCGCUAGAAUGGAUUUUCGCUGGUUUUGCUUAGGUAACUGCGUGGCCAUUAUUUCGUCUUUGGCUACUCCUCAGCAAGCUUCGGCUAUAAUGGAUCUUAUAGAAGCGCGUUGGGAAGAGUUAGUUGGAGAAAUGCCACUUAAAAUAUGCUAUCCGGCUAUUGAAGGUCAUGAAUGGCGGAUAGUAACUGGGUGUGACCCCAAGAAUACUAGAUGGAGUUAUCACAAUGGCGGCUCUUGGCCAGUGCUUAUAUGGCUACUAACGGCAGCGUCCAUCAAGACUGGUCGUCCUCAGAUAGCAAGGCGCGCAAUUGAAUUAGCUGAACACCGGUUGUCAAAGGACCACUGGCCGGAGUAUUAUGACGGUAAGGCUGGAAGGUACGUGGGAAAACAAGCCCGAAAGUUCCAAACAUGGUCUAUUGCAGGCUAUUUAGUGGCUAAAAUGAUGCUUGAAGAUCCUUCUCAUUUGGGGAUGAUAUCACUCGAGGAAGACAAGCAAAUUAAACCCAUUAAAAGAUCAGCUUCUUGGACCUGUUGAUAUACUUAAUUGUUUAGUAGUAAUUGCAUGAAUAAGUAACUUAAAAUAUCAAUUUGCAAAAAAAAUAUGCUCAGUUAUUCGUUAAAAGUAAUUUAUCCUACAAUAUUCAAUAUUU